AGCGCUCCUUAGUAUCCCGUCCCGGCAUUAACUGCGCGCGCGCACGGGACUCAGGCGCUGCGCGCUCCGGGACAUGGCGGUCCACUUGCUAUGGUUGGUGGCCGCGCUGCCCCUAAUUGGAGUCAACACACAAGAUGAUGCGUGGUACGCUCAGAGGAACGAAAUAAAUUCUAACCCCGGAUACUAUCCCACGGGAAGUUAUCCAACGAGGAACACAUAUCCUCAGUAUCCUGAUGCAUCCAGAGACACAUACCCCCAGUACCCAGAUGCGUCAAGGAACUCAUACCCUCAAUACCCGGACGCAUCUAGGAACUCAUAUUCGGACCCGAGGUACAACUACGGGGCAUUGCCGUCCCAGCAGCCGGGGCCGCAGCCGCCGGCCGCGCGCGAGCCCUAUGGCGCCCACUACGACCCUAUCACGAAGCAACGCGUUACGCCGCACCCGAACUGCACGGCGCGCGCCUCUUGCCAACCAUUGUGUCUUGCGCAGAAAGGCGCUAAGGGAAAACAAGGUUCUUUUGGUCCGCCUGGACCUACAGGAUUACCUGGGCACGAGGGACCUGAAGGACCAUCGGGCCCAAAAGGUCAAAAAGGAGAAAUUGGUUCAGUAGGUCCUCGAGGGCCGAAAGGUGAUAGAGGAAAACCUGGUCAACAGGGAUUCCAAGGUUUUGCGGGACGUCCUGGACUACAGGGUGACCCGGGCAGGCCCGGCGACCGGGGCAGAGAUGGUUGCAAUGGUACAGACGGAGAUGCGGGUCCUCAAGGCGAGAGGGGGUAUCCAGGACCUCGCGGUUUUCCGGGUACUCCGGGAUCAAAAGGAGACAAGGGAGAAUCGGCAGCCGUCGGAAGAUAUCCAAAGGGUGACAAAGGAGAACCUGGGUCUGCCGGAGAACAGGGUCCCGUAGGUCCCAUAGGACCCACAGGAGAGCCCGGCCCGCAAGGCGUACGAGGUCGACCAGGAUACGCGGGAUCACCAGGUCAACCAGGUGAAAAAGGUGCUAAGGGUCCAAAAGGUUUGUCGAUAAAAGGUGACAAAGGUGACAGAGGAGACCAAGGCAAGAAGGGACAGGCUUGUUCGGAAAAACCUUUACAUGUGGAAGUAGACAAAGGAGGAAUCCUGGGAACUCAAGGUGACAAGGGAGACAAAGGUGCAAAGGGUGAACCGGGCAUGCAGGGUGAAAAGGGAUAUACGGGAGAAACAGGCGAACAAGGAUUACCUGGUCUGAUAGGACCAAAAGGAGAGAAGGGUAUUCGUGGAAACACUGGUGAGCGAGGUCGAGUCGGUCAGUUUGGUGCAAGUGGACAGAGAGGACAAAAAGGUGACAGAGGUAACGAAGGCCUGAGAGGUCGUGAUGGCAGACCCGGUCAAAAGGGAGAGCCGGGCAAAGACGGAUCUCCAGGCUUAAGGGGUCUUACCGGUGUGCCCGGGCCACCCGGCGGCAGCACAGGCUCAGUUGUCGGCCCGCCCGGCCCAAUCGGACCCCGAGGUAAUCCUGGGGCACCAGGUGCAAGAGGCACGGACGGAAAUCCCGGAGAACCGGGUCGGACUGGUCCGAUGGGCCCCCCAGGAGGACAGGGAGUCCCCGGCACACCAGGACGAGAAGGCCCACCUGGAAUGAAAGGCGACAAAGGAGAUACUGGACCCGAAGGGAAACCUGGACCUGCUGGACUUCAGGGGUACAAUGGACAGGACGGAUACCCAGGCGAGAGAGGACAAAAGGGCGACAGUGGUAUUUCGAUUCCGGGUGAUCGAGGACCAAGUGGAGAACCAGGAUUACCUGGACAGAAAGGUCAAAAAGGAGACAGAGGCUACCAAGGAUUGAGAGGUGCUCCUGGUAAUUCAACAUUAGGAACCCCGGGUAUGCCAGGAGAUGUUGGACCACGCGGAAGAAAAGGAGACAAAGGAAACCCAGGUCAACCGGGAUAUCCGGGCGAGACGGGACCUAAGGGAGACAGAGGCGGUGUCUGUAACGACUGUAGACCAGGGACGCCCGGACAGAAGGGUGACCGAGGAUUUGAUGGCUUGCCAGGGACGCCGGGAGAGCGAGGCCCGCAGGGGCCCCCUGGUGUGCCUGGCCAACGCGGUCCUGAUGGCCUUCAUGGAUUACCGGGAACACCAGGAGAACCGGGUAAACAAGGUGACGAUGGUCCAAUGGGGCCUCCUGGAAGCCCUGGUCUGCCUGCAAUGAUACCGUCAAAUCUAGUAAAAGGACCUCCUGGAGAAAAGGGUGAACGGGGUCUUCCAGGUCUCAGAGGGCCAAAAGGAGACAAAGGACUGGCUGGCCCUCCCGGCAGUAAAGGCACAAUAGGCAUGCCAGGGUACAAGGGUGACCAAGGUUUGCCCGGCGCCCCUGGAAUCGAUGGAACUCCAGGAACACACGGUCGACCAGGUACCCCUGGUGAAAAGGGUCGUUCAAUAAAGGGCGAGAAAGGUACUCCUGGAGAGCCAGGACUGCCAGGAGAUAAAGGAUUCCCGGGAAGAAUGGGUUUGAAGGGCGAACCUGGUCAAUGUCCUGCGAAUUUAAGGGAACUUACGAAAGGUGAUAGAGGAGCGCCUGGAGCACAAGGACCGCCGGGACCAUCUGGCAUACCUGGGGAAAAGGGAGAUCAAGGCUAUACAGGUCUAAAAGGAGAUAAGGGUGAAAUGGGUGCUCAAGGAAAAGAGGGACCGGUUGGGCCACGUGGUCUUCCAGGAGCUCGAGGCGAAAAAGGAAGCAUGGGAAUUAUGGGCUCACCAGGAUCACCCGGUGAAAAGGGCUUGAGAGGUAUCCCUGGUCUUCCAGGUACGAGAGGUCUUAAAGGAGACACUGGUAUUUCUAUGCCUGGCCCGCCUGGACCUCAGGGUAAUGACGGACUAAAAGGUGACAGGGGUUUGAGAGGUGAACCUGGAAAGAAUGGAAAUGAUGGACCACCUGGAUGGAAUGGGCUUCCAGGUGAAAAGGGAGACAGUGGUCGACCAGGAAUUGCAGGGCCGCCGGGCCCACAAGGUCUCAAAGGAGAGCCUGGACCUGCGGGUCCCCCUGGGAUGAGUGGUAUUCCGGGAACGCCUGGACCUGUUGGCGACAAAGGGCAAGCUGGUUACCCUGGAAUGCCUGGACAACCCGGAGUCAUUGGCCUUCCUGGAAAGACAGGUGAACCGGGUAUUCAGGGUCCUGAUGGGCCUCGAGGGUUCCCUGGAAGGCGAGGACCAGCAGGACUUCCGGGUACCCCAGGUCAAGAUGGUGAACCAGGACAGAAGGGAGAAAAGGGACCUCCUGGUUUCACUGGUGAACCAGGCCCGCCGGGCAUGGACGGCAUCCCUGGUCUAGUAGGUGCUCCUGGUGAAAAGGGUGAUCAAGGCUUUGAAGGGCCACCGGGACUACCAGGCCCAAUGGGACCAAAAGGUGACAAAGGAGAUAGAGGUUUCACGGGAGCCCCCGGCCCUAGAGGAGAACCCGCCUUACCUUCAGAAAAAGGACAGAAAGGAGAGCCAGGAUUAACUGGACUACGCGGUUUUACCGGAACCCCAGGUAGAAAUGGAACAAAAGGAGACAAGGGUAAUGCAGGGUUCCCUGGAUUUGGCAGACCUGGGCCCGCUGGAGAAAAAGGUGACGCAGGCACGCCAGGUCCACAAGGAUUUACGGGAGAACCAGGGUUACAGGGCGAACGUGGAUUUACUGGUGCCAGAGGCGAAAAGGGUGACAUAGGUUUACCUGGUAACGAUGGAUGGCCGGGUAUAGACGGAAAGGAUGGAUUACCGGGUAAGCCUGGCGACAGAGGUCUAACGGGUGCACCUGGCGCACCAGGUGAGAGAGGAGAUAUUGGAGAACCUGGAAUGGAUGGCAUUAAUGGAAUAAAUGGAAAAGAUGGCCCAACCGGCCCGCCAGGAGUCCCCGGACCUGUAGGAUAUCCUGGCCUUAAAGGUGAAAGAGGUUUGCCUGGUGUCGCGAUAGACGUGAAAGGAGAAAAAGGAAACCAAGGUCUGCCAGGUUCCCCAGGCUUCCCCGGUCAAAAGGGUGAGAGAGGUUUCUCUGGAGAACCUGGUAUUCCAGGUGACAAAGGGGAGAUUGGAUACCAAGGAGAGAAGGGUUCAACUGGACAGUAUGGGUUCCCAGGAGAUAAGGGUGACACUGGACCCGCUGGACCUGCUGGCCUGCCUGGAUUGACAAUUAAAGGAGAGAAGGGUCUUCCCGGUAUUCCUGGCAAACACGGACGUGCUGGUCCACAGGGCGCCCCCGGAGAGAAGGGCGACCGAGGCUUAACAGGUCUUCCGGGACCUUCAGGUUUCCCCGGGACUCCGGGCCGACCAGGAGAUCGCGGCGAGAAAGGUGACCAGGGCAUGGAAGGCGUUGCCGGCCCUCCCGGACUAGAUGGACCACCAGGCCAACCUGGCCCUCGUGGUUAUACUGGCAUCAAAGGUGAAAGGGGAGAAAAGGGCGAGACCGUGAUGGGAUAUCCAGGCGAAAAAGGAAACCAAGGGCCCCCAGGAGAGCCAGGAAUGCCAGGAUUACCCGGAGAGAAGGGUGAUAGCGGAAUCGACGGGCGUGACGGACCGCCAGGAGAACCAGGUCUACCAGGUGAAAAGGGUGAUCGAGGUUUCAGCGGUUUCCCUGGGCAGCCAGGUAUGCAGGGCAUUAAGGGUGACAAAGGAGAGUCAGGACAGGUUGUACUCGGGCCUAAAGGAGAUCGAGGACCACCCGGUUUCCCUGGAUUAAACGGACAACCUGGUGAAAACGGUAUGCCCGGCCCGCCCGGCAUGGACGGUAUCAACGGAGAAAAGGGUGACAGAGGCAUGACGGGACCGCAGGGCCCGCCCGGUCCACCUGGCGAGACAGGAGCUCCGGGAUACCAAGGUGACCGUGGAGAAAUCGGUUUAGCGGGAGAACCUGGCCCACCUGGACUUCCUGGACAAUCAUGUAUUAGCACAGACUUUAUGACUGGAAUACUCCUGGUGAAGCACAGUCAAAGUGAUAUUAUCCCUCAAUGUGAACCUGGCCAUAUCAAGCUAUGGGAAGGGUAUUCGCUCUUAUACAUAGAUGGUAAUGAAAAGUCUCAUAAUCAAGAUUUAGGUUAUGCUGGAUCUUGCGUAAGAAAAUUCAGUACAAUGCCAUUCAUGUUUUGUGACGUGACUGGAACAUGUAACUACGCCAGUAGAAAUGACCGCAGUUACUGGCUGGCGACUGGAAGGCCGACGUUGAUGAUGCCCGUGGAAGGAGAUGCCAUUCAAGAGUACAUUUCAAGAUGCGUUGUUUGCGAAGCACCCACUAAUGUAAUUGCUGUACACAGCCAAAGUGACAUCGAACCUCCGUGUCCAGGAGGCUGGAGCUUGUUAUGGGCUGGAUACAGUUUUGUUAUGCACACCGGCGCCGGCGCGCAGGGCGGCGGCCAGGCGCUGGCCAGCCCCGGCUCGUGCCUGCAGGACUUCCGCGCCACGCCGCUCAUCGAGUGCAACGGCGAGGCCGGCACGUGCCACCACUUCGCCAACCUGCUCAGCUUCUGGCUCACGGUCAUCGACGAGACCGCGGCCUUCGGCGCGCCGCCGCGGCGGGCCACGCACAAAGGAGACUUCAAUUCGCGUUCUCAAGUGUCUCGAUGCGCAGUGUGCAUCAAGAACUCAUAAUUCUAUACGUAUGUUUUCACUCGUGGACAGUAUACUUAAGGCAACCCUAUGUGUAUACAACUUAAAACAUAAUACCAAAAAACUACACGGGGCAAACUACUAUAAUCAGUUCAAUAUUGCUGUGGUGUAAUUGUAACUAGAACCGGUCAUUGGCAUCAUAUAAUUCUUAAUGUGAAUUACGUUUUAAACACGUUGCCUGUGAUAAGAUCCCGUAGGUAAGUACCUAAUCUUGUGGAGAGAACACUUAAUAUAUAUUAAAUAAUUUAUAAAUAUGAUAUAAAUGCAUACAUGUCAUUUAAUUUUAUUAAAACGAUGUUUAGCUUCUCAAGAGAAUCGCGUCUUUUAAAAUUAAAAUAGCUUCUUUGGUUUUCUAAGUUUUCUCGUUUAUAAAAAUGCUUAUUCGGGCCUAAUUUAAGUAAAAAGCGUGAGCGCUUGUGACCAAACUAUUAAUGGCUCUUUGCAAGGUGUUGAUGAGUAAAACAGCCACGACUACUCCAAGCAUAUGUCAAAAUGAUUCUUAGCACAUAUCCACCAGUAGGCGGCUCAGAUGAUAUUCAUUUUAUCGCCAAACGACCACCAGUCCAAAAACAUGGACACAUUUAGACUAGUCUAUUUGGUUAGCACGAAAUGGUUUGUAGACGUAAUUUACUUUUUGAAUUUUACAUCAGAUAUGGUUGGCCUACUAGGCAUAUCAAAAACCUCGAAUGCUGAAAUGUUAUGUCUGAAAUGUAUGUUUCAAUAUCCAUUUUAUUUUUACGUAAGCCUCAAUUGAGGUCUCAAUUGUGAGUUUCCAUGUUAUGUUAUAAGUUAACAGUGUUCCUGUUUUGAAUAGGGUAAAUAAAGCCAAAAACACCAAAGUUUGUUUAAUAGUUAGGAUGAAUGAUAUCGUAAGUAGAGUUAAUAGAUUAUUUUAUUUAUAUGGAAUAAUACAACUUGAUCCUUAUUUAAUUUUUUGGGUUUCUUCUUUAAUUUGGAAAAAGAAAGUGUUUCCAUUUCCGAAUGGGAUCAGUCUAAAGGACAAGUGCAUAUAAACAGUUACUAAACUUCUUAACCCAGAUUAAACGACAAAGGUCAAGUUGUAAGGAAAAUCUAUAAGAAGAUAGAUGUAACCACAUUACUUAUGAUAGAUAAUACGCUUGUGAUAAUUUAAAUGUGCCUUAAUAUGUAUAUAAUACCCAAACAAUACCACUUCACUUUCAAAUUCACUGUUAUGUAAUGUUAAACUACUUGAAUACAUUGUAUAGGUAUACUCUUAUAUCUUGUAUCUAAUAUAAUGGUAAUUAGGUAUUUCAUAUUCUUGAGAAAUAUGUGUAGUGAAGAUAAAUGUUGAUACAAGCACUGCCAUUGUAGAUAAUGUUUUAUUUUUAUAAUUUAUACGUGCUUAAGCCUAAAUACAUAAUAAAUAACAAA